UUAGGCAUUCCGCGUUGUCCUAGUGUGGAUCCCCUUUGGCCAUGAAUAAGAGGAAGUCCUCCAUCCCCAGUAUCUUAAAACCAACCAAAGUUCGUAGGACAGAAGAAAACAUUCAAAUCGAAGAUGAGGAGACCACUAUUGAAGGUGGACGAUGUCAACAAGAGCACGCUUUCGUUUUGUCGAGCGCGGGAGAUAUUGGUGUAAUUGAAAGCAUAACCUUGAAGAACUUCAUGUGUCACCACUUCCUUGGUCCGUUCCAGUUUGGACCAAAUGUAAACUUUAUAGUUGGAAACAAUGGAAGUGGGAAAAGUGCUAUCCUUACAGCUCUCAUUGUGGGUCUUGGUGGAAAAGCAACCACAACAAACAGAGGUGUAUCUCUGAAGGGUUUUGUGAAAAAUGGAGAAAGCUCUGCAGAUAUUGUUGUAAAGUUGCGUAACAGAGGGACCGAUGCAUACAAAGGUGACAUCUAUGGAGAUACCAUUUCCAUUGAGCAACGGAUAACAAGUGAUGGUUGUAGGACAUGUAAGAUCAAGAGUAAAACUGGACUUGUUAUUUCCAAUAAAAAAGAAGAAUUGACUGCAAUACUAGACCAUUUUAACAUUCAGGUGGAUAACCCAGUCUCAAUCUUGAAUCAGGAAAUGAGUAAGCAGUUCCUGCAUUCAAAAAGUGAAGCAGAUAAGUACAAGUUUUUCAUGAAAGCAACUCUGCUGGAGCAGAUGAAGAGAGACUACAUUCACAUUAAGCAAACCAAAGCAGUAACCCGUGAUCAGGUGGAACGACAAGAGGAGUCCCUUAAAGAUCUCAGACAGGAGUUUUUACAAAAGAAAGAAAGAUAUGAAAGUCUCUCCUCACUGGAUGAAAUGAAAACGACUUUGGAAGACCUGAAAAAAAAGAUGGCAUGGUGUCUGGUGAGAGAGAAGGAGUGGCAAGUAGAGCAGUUAAAGGAGCAGAUCGAGGUUGAGGAGAGUGACGGUAAACAUGAGGAGAAACUUCAGUUUUGUCAGAGUAAAGUUACUCUUGCUGAGAGGAGACUGCAGGAGAUACAGCACAAGCUUGAGAAAGUAAAAGAGGAAGAAGAGAGUUUGGCUGAAGAGAGUCGCAAGCUAAAGGAGGAAAUCAGGGACAAGAACAAAGCUCAAAAAGUCCAGGAGGUGAUUUACUUCCGUGCUGAGAAUAAAUUGAAACAGUUAGAAAAGGAGCAAUGCCUUCUACAGGAGAGAAUUCACAAAAUAAUGAAUAGCAGUGGGAGUCAAAAGAAUGAGGCUGAACACGCACAACGCCUAAAGAAAAUAUCUUCGUUGAAGACACAGCUGGAACAGCGUGAGUUGGAUUGUACAAAACUUAAUCAGGAGAUAAAGGACAAACAACAGGCUCUUUUCAAAGGGCGAGAGGAAUACGACAAACUACGUAUGGAAGAGAAGAACAUCCAAGUUUCUCUGGAGGCCAAAUUAAAGAGGAAGAACCAGCUCACAGCAAGUAAAUCUAAUAGGCUGAGGAGAUUUGGUGAUCACAUGCCAGAGCUGUUGGAGUCUGUCGACAAGGCGCAUGCUCAGGGACGGUUUAUUAAGAAACCCGUGGGCCCUAUAGGUGCAUGCAUCAGCCUAAAGGAUCCCAGUUUAGCUGUUGCAGUGGAGAGCUGCUUGCGAGGUUUCAUGAAAACCUUUUGCUGUGACAAUUAUAAGGAUGAAAAAGUCCUCCAGGAACUGAUGUCUCCCUACUUUCCAAAAGGCAGCAGGCCUCAGAUAAUGGUUUGCCCUUUCACAGAUCGUGUUUACAAUGUUCAAGGCCGUGGAGUGAGCCACCCGGAAUUUCCCUCAGUGCUUGACAUUAUCGUCGUAGCAAACCCUGUGAUCACAAACUGUCUGAUUGAUAUGAGGGGGAUUGAAUGCAUUCUCAUCAUAAAAGAUAAAGCAUCUGCAAGAAGGGUCAUGCAAGGAGGAAGGCCACCAAGGAACUGCCGUGAGGCCUUCACAGCAGAUGGUGACCAAGUGCUAACCAACCGGUACUAUACCCCUGACAAUGAGAUUAUCGUCAAAUACCUUGGUGGGGAUCCAGAAGCAGAAAUCCGUCUGGUGGAAUCAGAGGUGGAGAACUGUCAAGCUCAGCUGUCCAGAUUUCGACAUCACUUGGACUCAGUCAAGCAGGAUAUACAGUGUAUGGAGGAGACACUGCGAGGAGUCAUUAUAGCAUCUAAGAAGAAUCAGGAAGCUCUGACCCAGAUCAAGGCAUCCAUAACAGACCUGGAGAACAUAGAGGAGUCUCAUACAGAUGACAUCAGCUCUCUGGAAGAAGAGGCUCAAGAAAACCAACUAAAAAUUGAAUCCGAGAGAAAAAAUGUAAAGGAGGCACAGAAUGAGUUGAAGAAGCAGAACAAAAUUCUUGUGGACGUUGAUCGAAAACACCAUGACAUUAGAAACAAAAUGGAGCAGCUGACAGAUGAGACGGAACAGCUAAAAGAGGAGCAGGUCAAAGCAGAAGCUGACUGCAAUAAGCUUGAUCAAAGCUUAAAGAUUCUGGAGAAGAAACUGAGAGCUCACCACGACAACAUCCAGGCAAUGAGAAAUGAGCUUGCUGUCAAAGAAGAGGAAAAACAGGAAUUUGAAGCCAAAGCCAAGGAGAUCUGCCCUGUACGAGAGUACGUGGAUCGGAGUGCCAAGAGCAUAGAUACUGAGAUCACGCGUUUGCGGCAGAAAAUCAAUACACAGGAGAGCAGCCAUGGCAACCACGAGCAGGUGAUCAGAGAAUAUGCUGAGGCCCAUGGUAAUUACAAGAACAAGUCAAACCAAUUGAGAGAUCUGAAGAAGUUCAUUGAUCGUCUCGACAACAUCAUGACUGACAGACAGGCUCGCUACAAAAUUUUGCGAAGAUCUCUCUCAGUGCGGUGUAAGUUGUACUUCAACAAUUUCCUCACAAAGCUGCAUUGCUGUGGAUCCAUGAUGUUUGAUCACAACAAUGAGACGCUCUCAAUUACGGUGAAGCCUCCUGGCAGGGAGAAUGACAACAUAAGCGACAUGCGAUCCCUCUCUGGUGGUGAGCGCUCUUUCUCCACAGUCUGCUUCAUUCUGUCUCUGUGGGAGAUUACUGAGUCGCCUUUCAGGUGUCUGGAUGAGUUUGAUGUGUACAUGGAUAUGCAUAAUCGGAGGAUAUCAUUGGAUCUGCUUCUGGAGCUAUCAGUGCGGCAGCACCUUCGACAGUUCAUUUUCAUCACCCCUCAGACAACCAGCAAUCUGCCCCAAAGUCCCCACAUUAAAAUCCACCAACUGGAGGAUCCAGAACGAGAACGAGGACAAACAGAAGAGGACGAAUUGCUUUAGGAUAAUAAUAUUAUCAGAAAUGAAUAAUGAAGUAAAGCUUAUUCAA